UACGUGUCUACAUAGGAGGCAUAUUGUCCUUCUAGUGAGGAAGAGUUCGCAGGUUGUCUCAAAUAGCCAGCUAAUUGUUGCUUGGAGUUGGGAAAUUCCUCUGGCUUAAUCAGUGUACAAAGCAAGCAAUAUGAAGGUCCAUGAAACAAAGUCUCAAGCUCAUGCUCCAGCUGCUGAUGAAGGAAAAGUGAUGACAAGGAAGCAGAAGGCAGAGAACAAGGGACAUGACGGAGAACAAUCUCCAAAGAAGGCCAAAACCGAAAACGAAAGUGAUCGUGCUAAUGGGAAAACUAGGGCUGACAUUGCUAGAGAGUUUGAGGAUUUCUGCAAAUCCAUUAGAGAGCAUCUGUCUGUUGCUCAAAUGCGAGAAAUAUUAGAGUUGAAUGACCAAGAUUCCUCUGGUUCUGAUGGAUCUGUUACCACUAAAUGCCAAGAUUUGCUGUUUCUGGGAGCACUAGGGAAAUGUCCAUUAUGCGACUGCAAUUUGGAAUUUGAUGGUAAAAGGUAUUCUUGCAAAGGGUUUUAUAGUGAGUGGUCUAGUUGCACUUUCAAGACAAGUAAUCCACCAAGGAAAGAGGAGCCAAUCAAAUUACCUGAUUCUGUUCUCAACUCCCCUAUUGCAGAUUUGCUCAAGAAGUAUCAGGACCCCAGCCGCCGGCCUCAUCUGGAUUUAGGUGCUCCAGCCAAGCCAUUUGCUGGAACGAUGAUUUCUUUAUCAGGCCGUCUUUCUCGAACACAUCACUAUUGGAAAAAGGUCAUUGAGAAAAAUGGAGGGAAGGUCUCCAAUUCUGUUAUGGGGGUGAAUUGCCUAGUUGUUUCACCGGCUGAGCGAGAACGUCGAGGUUCUUCCAAGCUAUCAGAAGCAAUGGAGAGAGGCAUACCUGUUGUGAGAGAAGCAUGGCUGCUCGAAAGCAUGGAGAGGCAAGAACCACAGCCCCUGGAAGCUUUUGAUGUUGUCUCUGAUCUUACUGUGGAUGGUAAAGGAAUCCCAUGGGAUAAACAAGAAGUCAGCGAAGAAAGUCUCGAGUCGCUGGUAGCAGAACUCAAAGUAUAUGGUAAAAGAGGAGUCCAUAAAGACACUAAAUUGCAGGAACGAGGUGGGCAGAUAUUCGAGAGAGAUGGGAUAUUGUACAACUGUGCCUUCUCCCUCUGUGACAUGGGACGAGAAACAAAUGAAUAUUGUACAAUGCAACUAAUCUCUGUACCAGAAAGUAACUUGCAUCUAUACUACAAGAAAGGGAGAAUUGGUGAUGGCCCAAGAGCAGAGGAGAGGCUAGAAGAGUGGGAAAAUGUGGAUAAUGCUGUUAAGGAGUUCACAAGGCUCUUUGAAGAAGUUACAGGAAAUGAAUUUGAGCCGUGGGAAAGGGAGAAGAAGAUAGAAAAGAAACAAUUAAAAUUCUAUCCUAUUGACAUGGAUGAUGGAGUUGAUGUGAGACAAGGAGGCCUUGGACUUAGGCAGCUGGGAGUUUCAGCAGCACUGCAAUUUGAACCCAAGGUUGCCAAUUUUAUGAAGAUUUUGUGCAGUCAGGAGAUUUACCUGUAUGCCCUGAUGGAGAUGAGUUUAGAUCCCCCUGACCUACCAAUGGGGAUGCUCACUGAUGUCCACUUGAAAAGAUGUGAGGAGGUCCUAGUUCAGUUUGUAGAAGCAGUGAAAUCAAUAAAAGGCACUGGGCAAAAGGCAGAAGCUCUUUGGUCAGAUUACAGCCAAAGAUGGUUUACUCUUAUGCACUCUGCUAGGCCUUUGAUCCUCAGGGACUAUGAAGAACUUGCAGAUUAUGUUGCAGCAGCAUUUGAGACUGUCCGGGACAUAAAUGUGGCCUUGCGUCUUGUGGAAGAUAUGUCCGGCUCAACCCUUGAUGACCCACUGUCGGAUCGAUACAACAGAUUGGGGUGCUCAAUUUCUCUACUAGAUGAAGAUUCUGAUAACUAUAAAAUGAUCAUGAAGUACCUGGAGAAAACUUAUGAGCCAAUCAAAGUUGGAGACAUUGAUUAUGGAGUAUCAGUUGAGAAUAUUUUUGCUGUUGAACCCAGUGCCUGCCCUUCAAUGGAUGAAAUUAAGAAGUUGCCAAACAAAGUCCUUUUGUGGUGUGGCACUAGAAGCUCAAACUUGUUAAGGCAUUUGAAAAAAGGGUUCUUGCCAGCAUCUUGUUCUCUUCCUGUGCCUGGUCAUAUGUUUGGCAAGGCAAUUGUUUGGUCUGAUGCUGCUGCAGAAGCUGCUAGGUAUGGUUUUACUGCUGUAGAUAGGCCAGAAGGGUUCUUAGUUCUGGCUGUUGUUUCCCAAGGAGAUCAUAUCACUUUGGUUUCAAGCCCACCAGAGGAUACAAAAUCAUUAGACGCGAAGAAGAUUGGAGUGAAGGGAUUGGGGAGAAAGAAGACGGACGAAUCAGAACACUUCCUGUGGGAAGCUGACAUCAAGGUUCCUUGUGGUCGCUUGAUACCAUCAGAGCAUAAAGAUAGCCCCCUGGAAUACAAUGAGUAUGCUGUCUACGAUCCCAAACAGACAAGAAUAAGGUUCCCGGUGGGAAUCAAGUAUGAGGAGAAGGAUGUGGUGAUGGACACUGUAGAGUCAUAAGUAGAAGAAAUGAGCUAAGAAGGCUUUUUGUGCGACCGGGAAGAUCUUUGUUUAUUGCUUCUGCUGUUCUCCUGCAUGGCGGGUAUAGAGAUACCGGGUACUUGACGGGAUUUUAAUCAAAGCUCACCAAGAAGUUGAUGGAUUUUGUUGUAUAUAAUCACCCCUAAACCAAGUUGUAGCCCUAAUAUGAUUGUAUGCAAUAGUUCUGGUUUUCUGUUAGAACACUCCUUUCAUGCAGACACAAUCAAUAGAUUAUAAAAUAGCAAAAUGAAAGGAACAUUUGGCAAACAAAUACUUCAUUUGAGAGGGCAAGAAGAAACCUGAUUGCAUCAGAAGGAGCCGACUUCAUUGGCAACCGCAAAGAGUGCAGUUAUUCUAGUGGGAAACCUUGCCAUCUUGGGUGUCUCUUCUCUUAGUUUAAAGAAUGACUUGGGGGAUUAUGACAAGCAACUAAACAGAUCUAAGCAAGUUAAAUAUCCAAUAAAAAGUUUCUCAGUUUCUUGUGGUC